AUGAUUCUCACCCGACUAUCCCACUCGUCACGCCCACGCCUUCACCCACGCCCUCACCCGCCUUUACGCCCUCGCCACGCCUUCACCCACGCCCUCGCCCACCUUCACCUACGCCUUCGAUCACAGUCUCACCCACGCCUUCACCCACGCCUCCACCCACGCCCUCACACACGUCUCACCCGCCUUCACCCACGCCUUCACCCGCCCUCGCCCACACCUUCCUCACGCCCUCCCUACGCCUUCGAUCACGGUCUCACCCACGCCUUCACCCACGCCUCCACCCACGCCCUCACACACGUCUCACCCACGCCUUUACCCACGCCUUCGCUCACGGUCACACCCACGCUUUCACCCACGCUUUCACUCACGUCCACACCUACGCACUCGCCCACGCCCUCAAACGAUCUCACUCACGCCCGCACCCACGCCCGGUAUGAGGAAGGAUGA